UUCGCUGAAGCGAGAGUGCUAGUGGACGAGUGAUUCGCGUCGUUUUCGAAUAGGGUUCGCAUGAGCUGGUGUUGGUUUGUCGGUUGGAAAAAGGAUACGCGGAGCAGCACUGUGGGAAAAGCUCGGAAAAGCGUCUGGGAUCCCAGUUGGCCGAUUUUCUUCCCAUGGUGUAUCCGACCGUAGGUUGUUGUAUAAUCAGUUUGAUAGUUGGAAUCGAAAGUGCUUGGUCGGUGAAUGGUGGUGAUUUUUCCAGUGAAAAUUUCCUCAAAAGUUGCCCUUUCCGGAGGGCGAAGAAAAAUCAGUGUCACGCAGAAAAAUAAUCAUGAUUAACAAUCGAUGCCGGUGGGGGCAGGUGGAGUGAAGGUGUGGUUAGAGUUGACUUGGUGCCAGCCAGUGUAGUAGGCCAGGGUUUUAACGCACCGAACGCACCGGGGUAGGCGAAAAUUCCAAGAGUGUUCCGUCUCCUUCCUUUGUACGUGUGGAAAUCCGAGCAAGCUCUGAAAACAAUAUUAUGGAAUUAUGUUUGCCGAACGGAGUCUCCUGAGCUGUUUAUAUAAUAUCCUGAUUUUCAUGCAGCUUCUCUACGUGACGCGUUCCUUCGGUGUGGUCUACGACGAGUACGUCGUCGACCAGGGCAAGAAUCUGACGUUGCCAUGUAAGUCGCCGUACCCGGUGAUGUGGGUGCACGAGGGGCGCCGGGACGACUUCCAGCAGUUUCAGAGCGACGGUUCGCUUCGUUUCACCAAUCUGACAGUCAAAGAUGGCGGCACGUACACGUGCUCGGAGAUGGUGCCCACCUUCACCACAGUGCAGAUCGACGAUCUCCCGGCGAGUGAUGACAGCAACGACACCGCUGCGGAUGGCAUCCUAGUGUUUGGCCCUCGGAACGAUACUCGAUACUUGAACAACAACAGCAGCAGCAGUGAAGAGGACGAACCGGAUCUUCCAACGUCGCCACAGUUUGACAGCACCCCCGAUCGGUACGUGCUGAUCAGACAGUUCAACGUCAAAGUGCGGACGCCUCCGCUGGCGGUGUCCAACUUCUUUGUUCGUGCCUCCACCAUCAUUGCCGUGCUGGUUUGGGAGGUGUUUCCCAACCGGACCGGGGGCUACGCCAUUCGGGACUUCACCUCCGAAAUGCGGCAGUUACGCAUGUCCGACGAGGAACCCGAGGAACGCUGGGAAACGAUCGAUCCCAGGCACAUUAGCCCGAAUGCGCGACAGCUGGAGAUAUACCACCUAAUCCCGAACACGACGUACGAGUUUAGGAUCUGGGCCAACAACGCCCUGGGGUCGGGUGAAGCCGUAACCAUCACGGCUACCACGUUACCCGACAUGGAGGAGAAAGACCUGAUACGGCGGAUUAUGAUCGAUGCGCAGAACUUUGACACCCGCGUUUGGAUCGCAGCAGUCGGCGUCGUCAUGGGAACGCUGGUCAUCCUGUCGCUCGGGACCUGCAUCGUGCUGUACAAAGAGUGCCGCGAGCCAAUCGAAAAAGAAGAAGAACUGGACAGUCUGGAGCUGGUGCCGAACAUCAUCCUGAAUCCGGGAUUCUGUGACUCGGACGACCAGGGUCAGAAUCCGCUGUCACCGCCGGAGCCCCGGACAUUGGCAUUCCUACCGGUGAUGGGAAGCAACCAUCUGGGCGCGCACCACAACCAACGCCGUUGCAGCAGUUAUCACAGCCGGUAUCACUAUGACGACGACUACGAGCCGAUGACGUUCAGUCGGCGGAUGUCGAUCUUCUUUACCGGAAACACGAUCAAGCGAAUUUGAGUGAAGAUAUUCCCGGAGGAUUCCGCCAGAAGGUUCUACUAGAAGGAAGGGGAAGAAGGAACAGCA